CAAAACCCCUAAAACCAAACUUAACCAAAACAAGAUGACGAAGAAUUCAUCAUCAUCAGAGUCUCCUCCGUCGUUUUUGUCGUUACCGCACGACAUCGUCUUCAACACUCUUGCUAGGAUCUCUCGAACCAACUAUCCAGUUCUGUCUCUUGUCUCCAAGAGUUUCCGUUCACUCCUGUCUUCGCCUGAACUCGAGGCCGCACGAUCACUCAUCGGAAGACCCGAGAAGUACCUCCACGUCUGCUUAAACCUCAAUAACAACAAAAACAACCCUAACCCUAGAUGGUUCAUACUUUCCGAACGUAAGUUGAUACCAACCCCUUCGUUUCCCUACCGACAUCUCAACUCCUCGUGUCUUGUCUCAACUGGUUCUGAGACCUACGUAAUCGGCGGUGGACUCGAAAGAAGCAAAAGAGUGUUUCUAAUCGACUGUAAAACUCACCAGUGGCGUGAACUCCCCAGCAUGCGUCUUUCUCGAAAAGAAGCAGUCGCUGAGGUGAUGGACGGUAAGAUCUAUGUGAUUGGAGGCUGCAGCAGCAACUACUCUAAGUAUAAUGGAGAGGUUUACAACCCAAAUACUCAAACUUGGGAGUUCGCAACUGCCACAAAAAACGAUCUCCUUAAUCGAAAAAGUCGUUACAGUUCCACGAGGUGCUUUAUACCCACAGAUUUUUCCAGUUCCACCAAGUCGUCCUUGUCCGUGCUAACAGAUAAACAGUUGUGGUUGGUGGUUCAAGAUGGUGAACUACGUUGCUGUGGCUCAUGUUGGUGGACUUUAGUAACGGGACUUGAAGCAAUAUCCUCUAACUAUCUGAUUUCGGUGACGAACUCUGGGCAAGACAAGAGAGUUUUAGUUUGGUGGAAGACUAAUUAUGCUGAGAAAUGUGAAACUGAGAUUUGGUGUGCACAGAUUUUAAUUAAGAUUUGGGGUUACAAGUCGAUUCAAGGAUUCAUAGAGUGGUCUGAGAAUGUGUUUACCUACCAGGGAUGUCAUAAAUCUGAUGAUGAUGAUGAUGAUGAUGAUUCCGAAUUCCUUUUGCAUUCUGCUUUUGUAAGUCAUGAUUACUGA